AUUACCUAGAGGUGAGGAUGGAAACACGGCCUAGGAAACCAGCCUUCCCUCAUCUGUAUGUGGAGAACUGAAGCUUCUGUACUCUGUUGUUUUCUUUUUUGAAUACAGUUCAGGAGAAGCUGUCAACAUGAACGCUGCUGACAAUGGGGUCAGUAGUCUCUGUGCAAUAUGUGGAGACCGAGCGACUGGAAAACAUUAUGGUGCUUCCAGCUGUGAUGGAUGCAAGGGAUUCUUUAGACGCAGUAUACGGAAGAAUCAUGUCUAUACAUGCAGAUUCAACCGGCAAUGUGUUGUUGACAAGGACAAAAGGAACCAAUGCAGAUAUUGUCGUUUAAAAAAGUGUUUUCGAGCAGGAAUGAAAAAAGAAGCUGUACAAAAUGAACGGGACAGGAUAAGUACAAGAAGAAACACUUUUGAUGGCUGCAACAUUCCCUCUAUUAGCACGUUGUCACAAGCUGAGGCACUCUCCCGUCAGAUCUCAGUCUCCAGUCCUGGUGCUAGCACUGACAUAAAUGUUAAGAAAAUUGCUGGUAUUAGUGAUGUCUGUGAAUCUAUGAAGCAACAACUUCUGGUCCUGGUGGAAUGGGCUAAAUAUAUUCCAGGCUUCUGUGAAUUACCACUGGAUGACCAGGUUGCCCUGCUAAGAGCACAUGCUGGGGAACACCUGUUGCUUGGAGCAGCAAAACGGUCCAUGGCAUAUAAGGACAUUUUACUUCUGGGCAACAAUUACAUAAUCCAUCGCAACAGUACUGAAGUAGAGAUCAGCCGAGUGGCAAAUCGGAUUCUAGAUGAAUUAGUUCGACCCUUCCAGGAAAUUCAAAUAGACGACAAUGAGUACGCUUGCUUGAAAGCGAUUGUGUUUUUUGAUCCAGAUGCAAAAGGCCUGAGUAAUCCAAUGAAGAUUAAGAAUAUGCGAUUCCAAGUCCAAAUCAGUUUAGAGGAUUAUAUUAAUGACCGUCAGUAUGACUCCCGAGGAAGAUUUGGAGAACUUCUGCUUUUACUGCCUACACUCCAGAGCAUCACUUGGCAAAUGAUUGAGCAAAUACAAUUGGUUAAACUAUUUGGAAUUGUUAAAAUUGACAGCUUGCUUCAGGAAAUGUUACUGGGAGGUACUUCUAAUGAUGCCAGUCAUCUGCAUCACCCAGUGCAUCCUCACUUAGCCCAAGAUCCAUUAACUGGCCAAACUAUCCUCAUAAGUUCAAUGUCUGCUCCCGUACAUACAGAACAGAUUUCAACUCCAGAAACUCCAUUACCUUCCCCUCCUCAAGGCUCUGGGCAAGAAUACAAAAUGUCUACAAAUCAGGCUUCAGUCAUUGCACAGCAGUCUAUUUUGAAACAAAAACCAUUGUGAUAAUGUUUCUGUCUCUGUCUUACUUGUCCGUCCUUCCUUUCUUCCCCCCUUCCCUCCCUCCCUCCCUCCUUCCUUCCUUCCUUCCUUCCUUUUUAUGCACUAGAUAAAUUGGUAGGACACUUGCACAUUUAAAAUCUCAGGAUGAUAAAGGAAAUUAUUUCCUCAGCAGCCACUACUGUGGGUGUUUCUUAAAACACCUUGCGAUUUGGAAAGUAAUACUCACUGUUCUGACUGCUGCAUACAACUGUAACUGUGGACACUGCAGUCUGACAAAUAUGUAUAGAGGUUGAUAUUAUUUUUAGAUCUUGUAACUGCACAGAUUCAUUUUUUAUUUCCUGUUUAGUUGUCGUCUUAGUAUUAUUGUUUUAGAUGUGUAUAUAAUUUUUUCAUUGUGAUGGAACUGGUUAGUGCUUGUUUAGCUGUGAAUUGUAGACAUGAAAAAACGGAUUAAUCAGACAAAAGCCAAGAUUCCAUUAACAGUAAAACAGGAGGCCACCAAACAAAGCACAUGCAUUAAAUAAAAAGGAGAAAAUACUUAAUGGACAGAAAUACCCAACUCAUUUUAAAAAAUUCUUGCUUUGAAAGAACUGUGUAUUUCAAGUAAAAUUUCAACAAAAGAGUUGAAUCCUCCCUGCUUACCUAUUUGUAUGAAUCAGAGGGCCUGCCAUGGGCAAAUAUGUUUGAGGACUUUUAAAAAUCUGUACACACAGUAAUGUCUACAUCAGUCAAUUGGACAGUGCCGAGGCAUGGGUGCUAGCAUUUAUAUUGCUAAAUUGUUAGAGCAAGGACUGGUAUGCUUUUUGGUCAGGACUAACUAGUACUCUCCCAAAUGAUUUCUGGGCACACUUUGGGAAUUAGGCUUGUCUAGGGACACUUUUCACCAGGUGCUUUGGAUAUGGCCACCUCUCUUCAGGGGCACAGAGAGUAUAAAUAGGAACAUGGCCAGACCAUGCCACUUGACCUCAGGGAUGGAGUGUAGACUUUGUACUGUUUGAUUUACCAGUGUAAAUGUAGCCAUUGUAUUUAUUUGCCUAACUGGCUGAUGAAUGCAUGUUUCAGCAAUCACUCUAAACUUCACCUAUGUAGUAGCUCUGUGUCUGGAGAGGUAUGGCUUACUAACUCAAGCGGCAAACGUGCCUGAGUUCAGCUCCACAUGUUUCUGGUUUGAGUCAUGGUAUUUCAAGCCAGAAGACAGCCAGCACACCAAAUACUUGUCCUCUGGAUUUUUAAGAGUUUUCAGAACCUUGGGAUGAAUUGAUUUACUGUGACGAGCCCCCUUCUCCUCCUCUUCCUCCCCUUCCAGUCUGGAGGGAUCCAACAUUCACUAAGUUUUGUGUCUGGAGUCUAUAAUAACCCAUCUGAAUUUGAACCCUCUGUGGAUUUGCACA